CUCGCAGCACACCACCGUGAUGCUGCUGUCAGAGGCUGGAACUCCAGAGCCUGUACCGUUAUGCUGCUAUAUAGCCUAUUAGCCAUGGGCUUGGAGAUGGGCUUCAAUUAGAAGGGAAUUCAGUCGAUAUUAAAACGUCGGGUUACACACCUCAGAAUUGCUUGCAGACUCUUUUCGCACGGAAACUGCUCUUUUGUGAAACUGAAGCGCCCAGGGGAAUCACCGCUGAAUAAGGGGGACCCUGCUGUUGUGCCAUCACGCCAGUCCAGAAGAACAUUCUCAAGUGCUUGCAGCCUGCCAGCGUGGCCGAAGAAUGACAGAGCAGGACGCUACCGAGAAGAAGCCUCCAGCUGUGGCUGUGCUGCACUCUCACUUCAUCGUGGGCUCUGUAUCCGAGGAAAACUCUGAAGACGAAACCGCAGGGAAGCUGGACCUGCAGAUGGAGGAGAAUUCGCGCUCCCUUUCCCCCUCUUCUGUCAGUUCAGACAGCACUUAUGAGAUGGGCUUCGACAGCCUGGAUGGACCCUUGCACAAUAUGAGGCCUAGUAUGUCAGGACUUCACCUCGUGAAGCAGGGCAGGGACCGCAGACGCAUUGACCUGCAGAGGGACUUUACUGUUGCUUCCCCCGCUGAGUUUGUCACCCGCUUUGGUGGCAACAAAGUCAUUGAGAAGGUGCUCAUUGCCAACAAUGGCAUUGCUGCAGUCAAGUGCAUGCGUUCCAUCCGUCGCUGGGCUUAUGAAAUGUUUCGGAAUGAACGGGCCAUACGUUUUGUCGUCAUGGUUACCCCGGAGGACCUCAAGGCCAAUGCAGAGUACAUCAAGAUGGCAGAUCACUAUGUACCUGUCCCAGGAGGGACAAACAACAACAACUAUGCUAAUGUGGAACUCAUUUUGGACAUAGCAAAACGAAUUCCCGUUCAGGCCGUAUGGGCCGGUUGGGGUCAUGCUUCUGAGAACCCCAAACUCCCUGAAUUGCUGCACAAGAAUGGCAUCGCCUUCAUGGGUCCACCUAGUCAGGCUAUGUGGGCUCUUGGGGAUAAGAUUGCCUCUUCUAUUGUGGCCCAGACAGCUGGCAUCCCUACGCUACCCUGGAGUGGAACAGGGCUGACUGUAGAAUGGACAGAGAAUGACCAGAAGAAAGGAAUUAUUAAUGUCCCUACUGAGCUGUACGAGCAGGGCUGUGUACAUGACGUGGAGGCUGGACUUAAGGCGGCAGAAGAAAUAGGCUACCCUGUGAUGGUGAAGGCGUCUGAAGGCGGAGGAGGAAAAGGUAUCCGGAAAGUCAAUGGUGCAGAAGACUUCCCUAACCUCUUUAGACAGGUUCAAACUGAGGUUCCAGGUUCCCCCAUCUUUGUCAUGCAAUUGGCCAAACACGCUCGCCACCUGGAGGUGCAGAUCCUGGCUGAUCAGUACGGUAACGCCAUCUCUCUGUUUGGCCGUGACUGCUCCGUCCAACGGAGGCAUCAGAAGAUCAUUGAAGAAGCUCCGGCUACUAUUGCCACCUCUGAUGUGUUUGAGGAUAUGGAGAAGUGUGCAGUGAAGCUGGCGAAGAUGGUGGGCUAUGUGAGUGCAGGUACAGUGGAGUAUCUCUACAGUCAAGACGGCAGCUUUUACUUCCUAGAGCUCAACCCUCGUCUUCAAGUGGAACAUCCUUGUACUGAGAUGGUGGCUGAUGUUAAUCUGCCUACGGCCCAACUGCAGAUCGCUAUGGGCAUCCCACUUCACCGCAUUAAAGACAUCAGGGUGAUGUACGGGAUGCAGCCAUGGGGAGACUCCCCUUUUGACUUUGACGGCCUCUCCACCACCCCCUCUCCACGAGGACAUGUCAUUGCAGCUCGAAUUACUAGCGAGAACCCAGAUGAGGGGUUUAAGCCCAGCUCAGGAACUGUCCAGGAAUUAAAUUUCCGCAGUAACAAGAAUGUGUGGGGCUACUUCAGCGUGGCGGCUGCUGGAGGUCUGCAUGAGUUUGCAGACUCUCAGUUUGGCCAUUGCUUCUCCUGGGGAGAGAACCGUGAGGAGGCCAUCUCAAACAUGGUGGUGGCCCUCAAAGAGCUGUCUAUCAGAGGAGACUUCAGGACUACAGUGGAGUAUCUCAUAAAGCUGCUAGAAACAGAAAGUUUCCAGCACAACAGCAUCGACACGGGUUGGCUGGACAGACUCAUCUCUGAGAAGAUGCAGGCCGAGCGUCCUGACACUAUGCUGGGAGUAGUGAGUGGAGCUCUGCAUGUGGCUGAUGUCAACCUCAGGAACAGUGUGUCCAACUUCCUGCACUCACUGGAGAGAGGGCAGGUUUUACCUGCACACACCCUGUUGAACACAGUGGAUGUUGAGCUGAUCUACGAGGGCACCAAAUAUGUUCUAAAGGUGACCAGACAGUCUCCUAACUCUUAUGUGGUCAUCAUGAAUAUCUCUUUGGCAGAGGUGGAUGUUCAUCGCUUGAGCGAUGGGGGUCUGCUGCUCUCGUAUGACGGCAGCAGCUACACCACCUAUAUGAAGGAGGAGGUGGACAGGUAUCGCAUCAUUAUUGGUAACAAGACGUGUGUGUUUGAAAAAGAGAAUGAUCCUUCACUCCUGCGCUCGCCAUCUGCUGGGAAACUCAUCCAGUAUACUGUGGAGGAUGGUGGACACAUGUUUGCUGGACAGUGUUAUGCAGAAAUAGAGGUGAUGAAGAUGGUGAUGACCCUCACCGCCUCGGAGUCUGGCUGUAUUCACUACGUGAAGAGAGCAGGUGCAGUGCUUGAGCCGGGCUGUGUCAUCGGCAAACUGCAGCUGGACGACCCCAGCAGAGUACAGCAGGCGGAGCUGUUUACAGGAACAUUACCCAGUGUUCAGUGUGUGGCUCUCAGGGGAGAGAAGCUUCACAGGGUCUUCCACAGCACUCUGGAUCACCUAGUGCACAUUAUGAACGGCUACUGUCUGCCAGAGCCCUUCUUCAGUGCUAAGCUGAAAGAAUGGGUGGAGCGUCUGAUGAAGACUCUGAGGGACCCCUCUCUGCCCCUGCUGGAGCUUCAGGACAUCAUGACGAGCGUUUCAGGCCGUAUCCCUCCUGCUGUAGAGAAGGCUAUCAAGAAAGAAAUGGCUCAGUACGCCAGCAACAUCACCUCUGUCCUCUGCCAGUUUCCCAGCCAGCAGAUUGCCAAUAUACUGGACAGUCAUGCUGCCACGCUGAACAGGAAGUCAGAGAGAGAAGUCUUCUUCAUGAACACACAGAGCAUUGUACAGCUGGUUCAGAAGUACCGCAGUGGCAUCAGAGGGCAUAUGAAGGCAGUGGUGAUGGACCUCCUCAGGCAGUAUUUAAGAGUGGAAGUUCAGUUUCAGCAUGGUCACUAUGACAAGUGUGUAUUUGCACUACGAGAGGAAAACAAAGGGGACAUGGCCAAUGUGCUCAACUACAUAUUCUCUCAUGCACAAGUCACAAAGAAGAACUCUCUGGUCACCAUGUUGAUUGAUCAGCUGUGUGGACGAGAUCCCACUCUGACAGAUGAGCUCAUGGCAAUACUCACAGAACUCACACAGCUCAGCAAGACCACUAAUGCCAAGGUGGCACUGCGGGCACGGCAGGUUCUCAUUGCCUCGCACCUUCCAUCAUACGAGCUACGGCACAAUCAAGUGGAAUCCAUCUUCCUGUCUGCCAUCGACAUGUACGGACAUCAGUUCUGCAUUGAAAACCUGCAGAAACUGAUCCUGUCAGAGACAUCCAUCUUUGACGUGCUACCAAAUUUCUUUUACCACAGUAAUCAGGUGGUACGGAUGGCUGCUCUAGAGGUGUAUGUUCGUAGAGCUUACAUCGCUUAUGAACUCAACAGCGUCCAGCACCGUCAGCUGAAGGACAACACCUGCAUCGUGGAGUUCCAGUUCAUGCUGCCCACAUCUCACCCUAACAGAGGGAACAUCCCCACUCUAAACAGGAAACUGUCUGCCCCACUACAGGACUACAAACCUCCAGAUAUCACAGCUGAUGCUAGUGACUCUGCUGAGAGUGAGGACAGAAUGUCCUUUUCCUCUAACUUGAACCACUAUGGCAUGAUCCACAUGGCCAGUGUUAGUGAUGUGCUCCUAGACACCUCCUUCACCCCACCCUGUCAGCGCAUGGGCGCCAUGGUUUCCUUCCGCUCCUUCCAGGAGUUCACCAGGAACAUUAAGGAAGUGUUGAGCUGUUUCUCUGACUCACCCCCCUCUACUCCAACCUUUCCUGAAGGGGGCAACCCUGUGCUGUAUGGAGAGGAGGACAACAAGAGCAUUCAAGAUGAGCCAAUUCAUAUCCUUAAUAUGGCCAUAAAGACGGACAGCGACAUUGAUGACGAUGGACUGGCGGCCAUGUUCCGCGAGUUUACCCAGUCUAAGAAAUCUCUGCUGUUUGAGCAUGGCAUCCGAAGACUUACCUUCCUGGUUGCUCAGAAGGAUUUCAGGAAGCAAGUCAACUGUGAGGUGGACCAGAGGUUCCAUGUAAGUAGUUGUGGAAUGUUUGAGACAUUGGCUCUGUUCCACAACCUGUCGAGGUGCCUCACUGUCUACACUCGAAAUAGGCAGCUACUUUCUUAGGCAGCAUCUUAACCGGAAUGGAACCUCACAAGUGACUGAACUGAAACAUUCUGCAUAGACGUUCAUGCAGGACACACCAGUAGCACUAGUUGUCUGAAGUGCAUGAGAAACUUGGCUUUAGCUCACUUUUGGUUCUGGUAGAGAGGAACAUUAACAUGUUGCGAAGCUAAUGCGUACUCGUAUACUAAAUAUAAAAUACAUGGUGCACACAGUUCAAUUUUAAUUAGACUAUUUUAAUGUAGUAAUUCUCAGUAUUGAAUGAAAUGAUUUUUGAUUGGCAUAAUCAUGUUCACUGUCCUGGAUGUUAGCAUGUUGCUAAACUAAUGACAGUACUCUCAUGUAUGAAAUUUAGGCUGUCAUUUUUAAAAGCUGCAAUCAAAUUCAUUGCAUGAUACGCUGAUUAAUCAAAUUAAUCGCUAGUAAUUUCUUACUGUAUAUCAGUGAUUGAGU